AUGGAAGCAGGCGACACGUCGACUGAAUUAAGUGAAGUGGAGGCCGGUUUUGGCAAAAAGUCUGUCACCGAUGCAUCCGAGACAACCCGGUCCACUGAAGCGACUUGUAUGCAUAACCGGCAAACAGUUGCACCGAAUUGUAGCAAGCCUGAUGGUUUUAUUUGUGAAUUUUCCGAGAAAAUCGCCCUGAAACAGCCUUGCACAGUGCUUAUUCUUCUUUUUCUUCCUCUUUUUCAUCGUCUGAAUUUGUUUCAUUUACAGAAACGUCCUUCUGGAAUGAUGAUUCAAAUCGUCCUUUCACAAGUACACCUUCUGGAGGAGUUCGAAGAGGUCCAGCAUGCGUCUGCAGGCCUACAGCCCCUCGGCGCCGGUGACGUGAACAGAGCAGACAAUUCAUGGAUCCUUCAUCACUCCGGCAACGGAAGCUAUGCCAGACAGAUUAGAAGCUCCCUUCUCGAAGUUAUGAGCAAGUAUUGCAGGUAA